CUACAAGGCUACGUCAGGGUCCAAGUUAGCUCAGGCACCGUACGAACACUCACGUUGCGCAUGCGCCCGCAAUCCUCAUGAAGAUCAUCCACUCUCUGUCCAACUUCUGGACAAGCUUGCGCCAGAUCACCCCCUUCUCGACGAACGAUGCACCCUCGAACUGGGCCAGUGCCUGCUUGUAGGCCCUUGCAUAUCGCUUCGUUGCGUUAUCGAUGAAGCGGAACGGACGCAGUUGACUGAUCACUGGCAUCUCGAUACUGGAAUGAUGGUUUCCUCGUUGGUGCUGGUAGUCUUCGCUCUCUGGGGUCGUUGUCGCUCUGUCCGAUGCUCUGGUGCUUCUCCUUGGUGCUCUGGUCGUGCUUCCUGGCUUGUGCCGGUAGUCUUGCUUGCUACUCAGCGAGUUGUAACGCAAGCGGCGCCUGGUCUCGGGUUGCCUUUUGCUGUGUCCGCGCUUAUGACUCUCGACUGCUUGAAGUGUCCUUCACCCUCUGUCCUUGGGCAACGCACCAUCGGAGCACCCCGGAGGCUCGGUCUUGCUGCGAAACUCACUCGUAUCCACCCAUGCUGGCUCGACUACCUUGCGAUCUCUAGGCAACAUGUUCGAUGUGCAUAUCAUACACGACCAGUUUUUCUGCUUUGCGCUGCACACGCACUCUCACUUCACUGGCUUCGAUCAUCCGCCCAGUUCUUCGUCUUCAAGCUCAGUCAGGGUGGUGAACGAUGAUCGAUGAUGUUGGAAGGUUUGUGAUUAUCGAGGCGAUGGGUCCUGUCUAGGUGAGAGUCCUCGGCUCGUAGACUUGAGCCUCGCCUUC